AUGUCAGCGAUGAUUUUCAUUGCGAUCCACGCUGCCAGCACCUGCCAACAACAAACAAUAUAUUACUCCACCCAACGACUACCAAAGAAUAUUGGAUAUUGCCGAGUACGCCCUAAACCCUUGUACCUAAUGAGAAGCAAUCGUUUCAGUGGAUAUAACUCUAAGAGGUGGGGCUAUCUGGAAGAAGACCUACAACACAAUAUAACCCGUGACAUCACGUUUGGCACGAGGUGGGAACCUCAAAACCAGUCAGUUCCGCAUCCUAUUGGUUACCGCCAGAUUGUAUAUAGCCAUAUGGAUACCAAGCGGCUGCUCACGACGACGACAGCGUCUACGCCCGUACCCGAGAACGCCCGAGUCGGAUACUGUGUAAGCGAGAGUCCGCUGAGAGGAAAUCAAAACCUAUGA